AGCUGUGGCCAUGUAAUUUAAAACCUCCAAAAAGUGUGCUGCGGUCUGUGCACAGCGUUAGUAUAACAUGAGGGCUGGAUAUAGCCCGUUCUCAUUCUCUGGAGGACUUCUUCGCCUGCUGCAGGAAAGAGAAGGCUGAAAGACAAACCUGGGUGCAGCCGGAAAGGUCCAGAUAGAUGAGCUUGUGGCAUCCAUUCCCCAAAUUCAGGGACUCCACCGUACCUCAGCUGGGUCUCAUUGUUCCUGAACUGCAUUAGUUAAGAUUACCCAAACUUGGAUUUCAAAGGAAUACUUUCAUUGUUCCACCUGUCACACCAAGUAAUUGGGGCCAGCUGGAUGUCAGGAUGCGCGUGGUUACCAUCUUAAUCCUGCUCUUCUUUUGUAAAGCUGCUGAGCGCAAAGGAAGCCCUGGCGGUGCGAGAAACCGAGUGAAUCACAGCCGGGCUGGUGGGAGCCGGAAAGGCUCCAGCCUGGUCAAACGCUACGCUCCAGGCCUCCCCUGUGAAGUGUACACAUAUCUUCAUGAGAAAUACUUAGAUUGUCAAGAGAGAAAACUAGUUUAUGUGCUGCCCGGCUGGCCUCAGGAUUUACUGCACAUGCUAUUAGCAAGAAACAAAAUCCGCGUACUGAAGAACAACAUGUUUUCCAAGUUUAAAAAGCUGAAAAGCUUGGAUCUGCAGCAGAAUGAGAUCUCCAAAAUUGAGAGUGAGGCUUUCUUUGGUUUAAAUAAACUUACCACUCUCCUACUGCAGCACAACCAGAUCAAAGUCUUGACAGAGGAAGUGUUCAUUUACACACCUCUCCUGAGCUACCUGCGUCUUUAUGACAAUCCCUGGCAUUGUACUUGUGAGAUGGAAACGCUUAUUUCAAUGUUGCAGAUUCCAAGGAACCGGAAUUUGGGGAACUACGCCAAGUGUGAAAGCCCACAAGGACUAAAAAAUAAAAAACUGAGGCAGAUAAAAUCUGAACAGUUAUGUAAUGAAGAAGAAAAGGAACAAUUGGAUCCGAAACCCCAAGUGUCAGGGAAACCCCCAGUCAUCAAGCCCAAGGUGGACUCGGCUCUUUGCCACAACUACGUGUUUCCCAUACGAACACUGGACUGCAAAAGAAAAGAGUUGAAGAAAGUUCCAAACAACAUUCCUCCAGACAUUGUUAAACUUGACUUGUCACACAACAAAAUCAACCAACUUCGACCCAAGGAGUUUGAAGAUGCUCAUGAGCUAAAGAAAUUAAACCUCAGCAGCAACGGCAUUCAAUUCAUAGAUCCCGCUGCUUUUUUAGGACUCACACAUUUAGAAGAGUUAGAUUUAUCAAACAACAGUCUGCAAAACUUUGACUAUGGAGUAUUAGAAGACUUGUAUUUUUUGAAACUCUUGUGGCUCAGAGAUAACCCUUGGAGAUGUGACUACAACAUCCACUACCUCUACUACUGGUUAAUGCAUCACUACAACGUGCACUAUAAUGGCCUGGAGUGCAAAAUGCCCAAAGAAUACAAAGGGUGGUUUGUGGGAAAAUAUGUUCGGAGUUACUACGACGAAUGCCCCAAAGAAAAAUUACCAGCAUACCCUGAAACAUUUGACCAGGAUACAGAAGAUGAUGAAUGGGAAAAAAUACAUAAGGAUCACACAGCAAAGAAACAAAGUGUAAGAAUCACUAUUGUGGGAUAACUUAGAAAUUGUUCUGGUUGCAGCUAAUUUUGUAUUUGCUAAGCUGGUGUUGGAAAACCGCAUGUUUACAUUUUGAUUAACUGUUUUACCUAUUUAUGCAGGGUUACCCAGCUAAAGGAAGGUUCCCUUAAUUAUUAUUAUUGUUGUGACAGUAUAGUAAUCAAGGGAAUACUCUCAUCCUGCUUGCCUGCCUGUUUGCAGAACAGCUUUUGAUGAUGAUUCCACACUGGUAACCUGCAGGAGUUGGGUCCUAAUGAUGGCGUUAGGUCAUAAUGUUCUGUAUAAAUGUUUUUACUGCUUUUUGAAAAUGAAAAAAAAACCUGGUUCAUUUUUACAUGCUUUUCAAGAGCUGCUUGUACAUACCUAAAGAUGAUCAAAAUGAAGAGAUACAAAUGCUUAGUAAUAAUAAAAUGUAAUUCUCUCCCCUCUGCCCCCCAACUUUUUUUUUUCAGUAAGUCAGCUUAUGCAUUGAAUAAAUUUCCAUUUCCGAUUCCUGUGCACUCCAAAAUGAGGUCCUGGUAAACCCAAAUUCUCAACUACUUUUCACUGAUCCUUGCAAAAAACUGUCAAGCUAGACCUGAAGGAGAAUUGCCACAGGCAAUAAGCCAAGAAUCUGAGAAUUAUAUUAGAGACCGCUCAGAAGAUGGGACUCUCAGAAGCAGUUGUAGAUGAUGUGAACAUGAGCUCUGAACAGGUAUAAACACUAGUAAAUGUGGAAACAGCACUGGUUUUUUAAGAGUUCAGACUAGGAAGCCACCUGUUAGUGGGAAGGAUCUGAGAGCCCUUCCUGCUAAGCUAAUAUGUCAAGGAACAUAAAACAGGAUGAAAUUAGGAUUCAGGGUCAAGAUUUGGGAUGAAAAAGAAGCAAACAAAAAAGGAAGUGAUAUCAGAAGCAACUGAGGGCAGAGGUGGUACUCAAGAGAAGCCCCAUGAUUUGCGUCACAGGUUAAAAUUAGAUCACUUGGAGAAACAAUCACCAGAAAGAGAGGAAGUGUCUGGAGACUGACCCCAUCAGUUUGUAUUUUGAUAGUACUGUACUAUUAGAAAAAUAAAAUGAAAAGAAAUAUGUACAUAUCAUUAGAAAUACCACUUUUUCCUUUUUAUGCAGAUUUUCUUUUCACUGAGUUGAAUAUAUUUCCAUUUCUUAUAUCAAGGUAUUCAUACAAAGCUUAGCAACUGGUCUUAUCUGAUACUUGUACAAAUUUCCAAAGUAUAGAACAUGGUAAAAAACAAAUAGUAUUGAGCAUUUCUUUUUUUUUUUUUUUUUGGCUGCACCACGCGGCUUGCAGGAUCUUAGUUCCCCAACCAGGGAUUGAACCCAGGCCACAGCAGUGAAAGCACCAAGUCCUAACCACUGGUCCUCCAGGGAAUUCCCUUGAACAUUUCUUAAACACCUAUUAGAGGCCAGACACUGUGCUAAGAGCUUCACGUAUUCUAUUUCUGAUUCUCACAAGAUCCCUCUGAGGUACAUAAUAUUAUCUGCCUUUUCUAGAUGAGGAAUCCAAGGCUUAGAAUGUAGGUAACUUGGAUAGAGCCACAAAGCUGGCAGGUGGCAGAGCCUGGAUUCAGGUCCACCUAAGUCCUUUCUACUGUGCAAGGCUACAGAGCACUCUAAACGUUACCUUUAGUCAUGGCUGCCUCACAUCAGAACUUCCAGAAACAGACACUAAAAGAAUAGUAGGUGCUUUUUCUCCUGAAACACCUAUGAGGGUGGGCGAUAAUCUUUGGGUCAAGUCAGUUAAUUCUAUUAAUAUGUAUGGGAAACCAAGAGAGUGGGAAGCUGGAACAAUUGCUGGAGCUGGUGGUUCAGGAAAUGACGCUGGAUUGUAAGGUUCUAACCGCUAUGUGCAUUUUAUCAAUGGUUUGGGUCAGGGUGGAGACUUAGAAAUACUGGUUCUCCAUGCGGAUUCUCACAUUGUUCAACAUGAGGUAUUGAAGGUAGCUGUUAAAUUUGAAGUGUUACCAGAGAGAUGUAAUAAAUUCACUUAUUGUUGAUGAGCACUCAGAGUGGAAUAUUAAAGAAAACAUCCAAGAUUUGAUGGUGGAGAAAGCCAGGUGGGACCUCAGUGGAAGACAGAGGCACACAGUGGGAAUGUAAGGGUUCUGGAAAGAAAUAAGGGCAUUAAAUCUGAUUCAGAGAAAGGACUCAAGUUACUCUCUGGUUUAAUUUUUGGAGGCUAGCUGGGAAUUUUAUUGGUUUAUUUUUAUAUUCAGGAUCAUUCCCAGGGAUCUAUUUGAAAAUAAAGCUCUGGAACACAUCAUGAUAGAAAUUGAUCCAGACCAUCCAAAAGUAAGUCAUUUAGAAUUGCUAAUAUCUCCCAGGGCCAAAAUUUAAAUACAUUUUUAAAAGCUUAAAAUUUGCUCUUUUUUUGUAUCAGAGUUUAUAUUUUUUCAGGGAAGCAUAGUUGAUCAGUGAUGGAAUUAAUAAUUAGAUACCUCCUCUUCUGCUAAUUUCUUUUUUUAAUUAAUUUGUAUUGGAAUAUAGUUGAUUUAUAAUGUUACGUUAGUUUCUGCUGUACAGCAAAGUGAAUCAGUUAUACAUAUACAUAUAUCCACCCUUUCUGCCAAUUUCAUACUUGAUUGAUUAAUAACUUGCCUUUGCAACUUCCUUCUGUCCAAGAGGUGAUGAAAUUCAAGAGAUUUUUUUAAAGUAUAUUUUAUGGUAGUCAAAAAUAAUACAAUCCUGAGAUCUACAUAUUUGAACAUAUAUGUUUAAAUGUCACUUGAGUUUUUAGCCAAAUACCCAAGUGUGGUUUUUUUUCAACUAGUUCUAAGAUUCUUUGAUUUUUCUGAAGUAAAUAAGAUUUACUACAAGCUGAGUUCUCCUGAGUCCUAAGCCUGAGUCAGCUCUGACCUAAUUCUUGAUUAUUUGGGAAAGAUAUUUAACAUUAAACAGUUCAGAUUAUUCAUUUACUAACCAUCCCCUCCUCUGGAGUUUACGCCCUGGAUCAAUUAACGUCUGUUUCUGAGAAAUCUGAACAAGUCUCCUGCUCUAGCAAAUAGAAGCAAUUCAGUAAUGAGAAUCUACUUGCCUAAAUUCUGUGAGAUGUUGGGGCUUCUUUCUGCAGGAGGUGGAGUGUUGGUGAAUGAUGUAAUAUGUAUAUGAUGUAAUAUGUAUCAGUCAACAGUGUAACAAGGGAACUCCCAUAAGACCAUCAGCCGCCUUUUCAGCAGAAACUCUGCAUGCCAGAAGGGAGUGGCAUGAUAUUUUUAAAAUGAUAAAAGGAAAAAGAAUAAUCUACUCAAGGCUAUCAUUCAGAUUCAAAGAAAAGAUCAAGAGUUUUGUAGACAAGCAAAAGCUGAAAGAAACUGGGUUUACAAAAAAUGUUAAAGGGACUUCACUAAGUGGAAAAGAAAAGGCCACAACUAGAAAUAUGAAAAUUACAAAAGGAAAAAUAUCUCAUCGGUAAAGGCAAAUAUACAGUAAAGGUAGCACAUCAACCACUUAUAAAGCUAGUAGGAAGUUUAAAAGACAAAAGUAGUAAAAUCAUCUAUAUCAACAAUAAGUAGUUAAGAGAUGCACGAAACAAAAGAUGUAAACUAUGAUGUCAAAAACAAACUUGGGGGGAGUAAAAAUGCAGGGUUGUUAAAAUGCAUUCAAACUUAAGAGAUUAGGAACUUAAAAUAAUCAAAUAUGUAUAAAGAUUGCUGUAUAUACACCUCAUGGUAACCACAAACCAAAAAUUUAUAAUAGAUACACACACACAAAAAGAGAAAAAAAUCCAAACAAAACACUAAAGAUAGUCACCAAAUCACAAGGAAAGAGAGCAAAAGAAGAAAAAUGUAACAAAUUGGUUUAAGAUGGCAGACUAAGCACAUGUUUCAGUUUUCCUCUCCUACCCAAAUUACAAGAAAUAAAUGAUUUUUAAUCUACAAUAUCCUUGGAAAACAAAAAAGAAUGGUCUUGGUGGAUCAGAAAUUAAUAGUUCCUAAAAAUCCAAAGGCAGACAUGACCAGAUUGAAUGAGGAACAUGCAUAAGAUGGCUGCUGUAAAAGAUGGAGCAGCAUGAUAUCUUUAUGAAGGGUAUGUCCCAGAAAUUAAAAGAUAUAAUAAUAUUAACACCAUUCUCAUUAAAAAUAUGAGAAAAGGACUCAAGAACAAGACAAAAUGGCUGCAUAUCCUUGCUACAGAAAAAAAAAGAAGUAAAAGAUAUAAGAAUAGAAAUGAAUGGAAAUAAAACUGUUAAUAUUUCCAGAUGACAUGAUAGUCUACCUAGAAAACCUAAAAGAUUCAACCAACAAACUAUUAAAACCAAGAAGAUAGUUUAAUAUGUGAUCAGGUAAAAUAACAUCAUAUAUAAAACUACUGCUUUCUUCAGCACCAGCAAUAACCAAUUAGAAUUAUUCCAUUUUGUAUUUUUUCUUUUUCAAUUAAAAAAAUAUUACAGAUAACAGUUGAAACCCCUUGUGAACCUCUUCCCCAUUUCAUUCAACUCUCUCCACCUCAGAGGUAACCACUAUCUUGCAUUUGGGGUUUUUGAUUCCCAUGCAUGCUUUUUAUAUUUUACUGUGUGUGUGU